GCACACACUGGACAUAUUUUCAAUAAGCUAGGGAGCGAGUUACGCUAUAGCAUGAGUUUACAGUUUAAGACCUUAACAUACGCUGCAGUAGACUCUGCCAGUCUGCCUAGCGUUUUUAUGCCUUAUUAUUUAUGGCUGUCGCCUGUGCAUGCCAUCAAUUUUGUGCUGGAGUCUUGGAGUGUUGACAAAUGGGCAUACGGUACGGUACCGUAUCAUUGACUGAGCCUGGGAAUUGAAGCGAGGGAUUGAGUUAUUGUCACUAGCAGCCGUCGUUAGUCAUUAUCAACACAGAUUAUGAAAAGUAACAGAUGAAUUCUGCUCUGCAAAAGCUGACAAGACGUCAAGCCAGGGUUGAGACGAGUAUUCCAGGCAAAUUGUCAACCAGAGUUCUGUCUUGAUGAAUUCAACCUCUUUUGCUGAUGUAUCCAUGACCAAAGGAAAAACCUCAUGUAAGGAUGCCUGAGCAUUGAUCUGCUGUGAAUAAGAUCGAUGCUGUGCAAUCAUUGUUAAGAGUUUUGGCGAUAUCAAGAAUGAGUCUACAUCUUCACCUGAUUGAUUAAUAGAGGAAUAUUGUUCUAAUUCCAACUUAACAAAGGUACAAACCACAAAGAACACUUAUAAUGAAUUGGAGGGGAUGAAUGUUUCUUAGGAAAUGCAGUAGGGAGGUGUAUGGACAUUAUUGAGAUAGGAAUGUUUUAAUAUCUACUGCUGAUAGUUACAGCAUAAGAUUAUAUGAAUGGAACAUUCUUGGUCAUAACUUAACAAAUCGAUCAUUCACAAUGGCAAAGCAAAAGCAAAUCAACCUUCAGGUGCUGCUUCUACUAACUGGAGUAUUCUUCACAGCUCUUUCGGCUGCAAAAGCAUGCUUUGUUCCAUACAUUUCUAUCUACCUUAGACAGUUGGGCUUGACAGCAAUGCAAGUGGGAAUUAUCUUAGGAUGUCAAGGUAUGCUUGUAGCCUUUACAGCAUCGUGCAUUGGAAGGUUCCUGAUCAGAUUCCGUUAUGCCAGGUUGUUCUUGCUUCUUGCGAUCCUCGUCUACCUAGGAGGAGUGCUGGGUUUCACCAUGAUUCCAACAUCUGGAACAGCCCUGUUUGAGGUAUACUGCAUUGGAUUUGUCAAAAACAGAAAUAGCACUGCAUCUAUUAAUUCUAAUGUGACGAUCACAGUAGAAUUUAUUGAACAUAACAGUAGCAAUGAAGAAGUGUCGACUGCCAGAAUGAAGGUCUCCUCUCCCACAUCUCCAGAUAACCCAAGGACAACUGCAAAGAUUGAGACUAUUCCAGGUAUGCAAGGUAGAUUAGAAACCACCACACUUCCACAUGUAGCUCCUGAUGGUGAAAAGAUGCCAGCCUCAGUUGCACCAGUUGAGAAGGUUGAAGAUACAGAAUCACAGGAGAGUCUGGUGAAGACAGUAAAUAAAUUGGAUGGGGUAGAUCCUGGAAGUAUUUCUGAACCUCAAUAUGAAAAUAUGCUUAACCAUGAUCCAGAUGAAUUUAAUAAGCAGGCAGAAGUUCCAACCCCUCUUAGUUUUCUGAGAAGUCGCCACAGACAAGGCAGCAGCAGACCAUAUCCUCGGAUGGAAAAUGAUCCUUAUCUACCAAGAAAACGGUAUCGUGGUCAGCAGUUCAACAGAGAGCAGAACCCUGGAAGAAACAUGGAGUCACUGGACACUCUUCCAAACUGGAAUUGGCAAUCUGAAUCCCAAAAAGACUUUGAUACAGAGAGGUACCCUGCAUGGGACUGGGAUCAAGAUCGAAAAGGAUACCAAGUUGAUGAAGAUGAAGAUGAUGAUCGUUAUAAUGAGAAUGUCUUAGAUUGGCUUGUAAGGAGUGGAGUUGGACGUACUUCAACUCGCGGUCAACAUUACUUGAGGAAUAGAGAUAAGAGAAGUGCUGUUACUACCAAUAUUUCCCAAGAAGGAGGAACUACAGGACUGCCGUCUAGUGGAAUCACAAAGGAAAUUGAUGAUGUAUCAUCAAGUGGUAUUUCAAGCACAUUUUGGUUGGCUCUGCUGGUGGUUGUUAUAUCUGGGGUCUUUGCAGGACCCAUUGAGCAUAUGUGUGAUACAGCCUUGUACCACCAGCUAGACAACAUUGAUGAACUGGACAAAUACAAAAGACCAUCUCUCCUUACCAUGCCUGCAUUUGCUAUCAUGGGGCUUGUAUCAGCUCUUGUGGUGGAUAGUACUGCAUGUUUCCUUUAUGGCAAUACAAGUCACAUGACUAUUCAUUUCUUCUUGAGUGCUGCAUUCAUUGGAGUUAUAUUUCUGGUUGGAAUUAUUGUUCCCCUUAGCCACAAGAUCAAGAAUCAGCAAGAAGGCAAGUACAUUAAAAGCAUCAAGUUCUUAUACAGUGAUGGUCAUACUGCCGUAAUGUGUGCCACCCUGGUUGUGACAGCCAUGAUAGCCUCAUGCGGUGAUGGGUUCUUGUUCUGGCUCAUCCAAGAUCUUCAUGGAGUAGAAACUACCAUGGGUGUCAGCUUGGCAGUGGCGUAUAUGACUGAGCUACCUAUGUCAAUGAUCUUUACGCCUUGGCUUGUUCAGAAGUUGGGAAAUGUUUGGUUAUUGGCUUUGGGAACUGCUUGCCAGGGACUCCAGAAUCUUUAUUUCUCAAUCCUGUGGACACCAUGGGCAGUCGUUCCUAUUCAGCUUGUUCAUGCUCUUGGUAGAUCGGCCAUCAGAGGGUGUAUCUUGGCCUUCCUGAAUGAAGCAUCUCCACCAGGAAUGGGAAAGGCCAUCCAGGUGACAGUUCUUGCUCUUGAACAAGGAGUGGGAAUUGCCUUAGGUAGCAUCUUAUGGGGUGUCUUGUAUGGAAUUCUAACUGUGAAACUGAUCUUUGUUGCUGCUGCCGUAUUGGCCCUGGUAUGGACAGUAGUCCUCAUCAUAUGUGCUUGCAGACUGCCAACCAAGAAGCGAUUCAUGUAUGCGAAGCUGCUGCAGUCAGAUAUGGAGAUGGAUAUGAAAGGAGGGUCCUUUGGUGGUAGUGACUCAGAGGACAAUGAGGAGAAGCAGUGGUUGCAUGAUGCUAUUAGGGGUGAUGAUGAUGGUGAUGAAGAGUAGGUUGAAUUCAAUAAUUACGAAUGAUACCUUGAUACAUGUAAUUAAAUAGAGCUAGAUUUAUAUGUAUUCUAUAGUAUGUACAUAUGGAUUUGAAUUAUAUUGGGGUAUUUAAUUAUCAACAGCUGUAAUAUGAUAUUGUGAUAUCACAUUCCUCAUGAAAUAUUAUCCAGUUACACUUACCGUACAUGUAUGUUCACACGCUACCCGUUUUCAGCUUUUUUAAUAGGUAAAAAAACUAAACAUGAAAUAGUUGCAGUAGAUGAAAAAAAAACACAUUGACAUUUUGUGGCUCCUUUUUUUUAGGACCCUUAUGAGAUAGGUUAGGGUAUUUAUGUGACAAUGUUUGGCUUAAAAUGACCAUAAAACUGGGUUCUGUCAUGUCAACUAGAGGAGGACAAAAAGACAAGGUCACAUGUAUCUCUUCAAGUUAACUUGUACUUGGGGGUGACAAGAAGACAAGAUCCUUGUUCCUGCUAAGUCAAAAAGGUGAAAUCCAAAAAAUUAUCAACCUGUCCCCUUGUUCUGUGGAAUAUCACUUCAUGAUACAUGUAGGAUCUUGUCUUCUUGUCCUGAAAUUUUUCUUGUCAUUUUAGCUUGCAAUGUCGACAAAGUGAUAAGAAAAAAUAUAAUUUGUUCAAUAAUAUCUAUAUGUUACAUAAAAAGAAAAGUAUGAUUCUUAUUUCAAAGAAUGCCUGUAUGAAUUUAUUAUGUUUAAUAUCCUAGUGAUGCAUGUAUUUUUAUUAUUUUCUUGAUUUCUUCUCACCUUGCUUUUGAUAUUCACAAUGGUACUUCAUUUGAUUCUAAAAUUUUUAUCAAACAAAGUGAUUUAUGUAUCCUGCUGGGAUUCUGGCUGCUUUUUGCUCAGAUUCAUGUAAUGAAGAUGCAGACCUACAUGUAUAUAGUGUACAAAGAAGUUUAGGGGGUCAAUUGUAAGUAGAAAUACAAUUUACAGUGCAAUCAAUACAAACUAGUGAACAAAAUGCAAUUUCAAUAUGUUCCAUCAUAUUUUGUGUCCAUAAAUGUAAUUUUGUACAUAAUAUAUACAUUACAUUGUAUAUGUAUUGACCAGAAAUUAACAUUUCAUACUUACCGGUAAUCUAUGUGUGUUUUAUAAUGAUAGUGUGUUAAACAACAUUGAUACAGCUGAUGUGCAUGCCACAGUCACAUUUCAUAUACCUUAUUAACUCAAUUUAUUUCUUUAAUAUAGUAUAGUUUGAUAAAUAUUUAUAGCCUUGUUUAUAUCGGACAAUGGGUUCACUGGGAUAAAGAGCAUCUAGUAUAAAAAGAUCAUAAAUUUCACACAAUCAUAAUCAUAUGGAAAAAUAAUGUCAAUGUAAUGUACUUGUCAGUCCCAGAUGUGCAAUUAUUACAAUAGUAUGAAUUUUAUGAACAGUGUAUAUCUGGAAUUACAUAACAUUCAUCUUGUACAUAAUGUACAGUGUAUUCCUAAUUAGACAAGGUAUUUGACAGACUUAUUGCAGUUAUAUUGGAUGAGAGAUAUGUUCUAUUCAGAUUUAUGUAAGUAGAACAUGAUAUGCAGUGUGUAGUAGGCAGGGUGCUACAUAACUUUUUAGAAGCACUUGCCCAGUCGGGCAAGUGAAUUUUUAAAUAGUUGGAAUAUACUUGCCUAAAAAAUCUAUUUCACUUGCCCGAAAAAAUCAUUGGAAAUAAAAGUUUUACUUCUUC